AUGUUGCAGCAGCUACGCAAGCCACGGCGGCAUGCGCCCGCAGACGACCGUCGCAUGCGGUGUGCCAACGUAUCCCUGCCCAAGGCGACGACCCUGCUGCUACUGGUGUCGCUGUUGUUCUUCGCGUGUGCAUCUGCCACUUCUACCGGGCAGGCAUCGGGUAUCACCCAUGGUGGCGGCUAUGUCUCGAGGCGUGGAAGCAAUAGCCGCAGCGGCCAACCAGUCCGCCAGGAACAUCCUGGCCUGGACUUCGACCUAGGCACCACGUCUGCCGGCUUCCAUCAGUCGUCGGUACCGGAGACACAGGCCCUGCAAGGCGGAAAUGGUGGGAUUGGCAGGCGCCUGCGGCAACAGCUGCAGCAGCCGCUCGCCGCUACCUUUGAGAUGGGUUCCUUCGCCGCGCCGAUAAUCACCAUCGCCCUGAUGCAUGUACCAACUGCGGGGCCGCGUAGCCGCAAAUACUUUGCGUUUUGGCGUCCCUAUAACGCGAGCCACAGGCAGUCCGCGGCAACGUUCGACCUUGACAGCCGCAAGGUGUCUCUGAUGAACAACAGCUACGAUCAAUUCUGUAAUGGCCCCAUUGUUCAGCCGGACGGGAAUCCUCUUGUUGUCGGUGGAUACAAUGAUCCAGCCAACAAAAUACAGUACGAUGGGCGUAAAUGGAUCACGGCUUACAGUGAUCGGAAGCGCAAGCUGUUUCCCUUGGUCCAGAUGGCUUACCCCAGGUGGUAUCCGACACCCUGCCUUACCGCCGACAAAAAGGUUCUCAUCGUCGGCGGCACGGUUGAACCCGACAAGGGCCCUCAAAUUCCGAUUGCUGAGCUGUGGGACCCCACAAGGCCUACCCGCACCCCAACAGCAGUGGAGAUGCCCCCGGCGUUUAAGGCCACCGCCGGAUUAAACUGGUACCCGUUCAUAGUGUUGCUGCCCCGGGGUGAAGUAGCCUGGUGGGGCGACCGCGGCGGCAGCAUCACCGACAAGGACUGGAAGGAGAUUUACACGUUUCCAAGCCUGCCUAGUACCUUUCCGUACCGCACGAUGUACAAGUAUACCUCAUCCAUUGUGCUUAAUGCCAUGAAGCCUGACACAACGACCGGCGAAUACAACUCCUUCUCAAUCACCAUCUUUGGCGGCGCUCCGGACAACGCCGUGGCCAACUCCCCUGCUUCCAACGUGUCCGCGAGGAUAGACAUGUAUUACUGCGGCACAGGCAUUUGCGACAACGGGUGGGUGAUUGAGAGCAUGGUUGGACAGAGGCGCGUGAUGUCAACCACCACAGUGCUGCCCAACGGCAAAGUCCUUGUGCAUGGAGGUGGCCAGGCUGGCACUGCUGGAUGGCGGAAGAAGGGCAGGUACCAGGGUACCUUGCCCGCCUACCAAGACCUGGUGUACGACCCGGAUGCACCCGAGGGCAGCCGAUACACGUUGAGCGAUUCUAUCGGUAUCAUCCACAUGUAUCAUGCCUCGUCCUGUCUGGACCUGUCGGGCAAGGUGAUGUCGUCCGGAUGCGAGACGUGUGGAAUGACGGGCGCAGAUGCGGGCAACCUGCCCAGCAGUAUCAUCCGCAGCCCUGAUCGCGAUCCCGACUUGGAUUAUCGGAUCAGCUUCAUGGUCCCGACUGAGAUUGCCCCGCCGGUCGUGCGCCCGGUCAUCACCGCCGCACCUACCACCGUCCUACGUGGCAGUGUCUUCAAUGUGACCUAUGCAAACGGCCCUAUCACUGGCGCCACUCUGGCAGCUCCCUGCGCCAACACCCACUCCAUCAACAUGAACCAGCGUGUGGUGUUCCUGAAUAUGGUGUCAGAUGCUGGCGGCGUGGCGUUUUUCUGCGCCCCUCCGCUAUCCCAGCCUUCUGCCGCCCACGCCGGCUACUACCAGCUGUUCCUGUUGGGAGCCAACACCGCCACCGGCAGGACGUACAGCGAGGGGGUGUGGAUCUACCUGGCGGACGAAUGA